GCUCUUUGCAGGACUUAGUCACGUGCUUGGUUACCACAUAGCAACGCAUUGCUGGUGAGCAAGCAAACCAGCGUCCCGCUCAUUGUACUGUACAAGAAUUGAUCAACUCAAGCAAAGCGAACUUUGACUUUUUGGUCGAAAAUAUCCCUAAAGCUAGUUGUAAAAGAACAAACGAGAUUUAUUGUGACUUCAGUUUCACUGGACUUGAAGUUCGCCUGAUUUACCUUUGCUCUGGGAGUAAAAGCCAGGCGAAAGCUCAAAUAUAAGACAAGAUAUGGCCGAUCCUUCGGGAACGAGUGACGAACCUGUCAAGAAGAAAAAACGAGGUUCUGCGUUGCAUUGUUGUGUUCCACAAUGUAACAAUGACUCCCGUUACAACAGCUCGUUGUCUUUUCAUCGUUUUCCUAAGAAAGACGAUCAACUCAGAGCAAACUGGAUCGUAAAAAUUAGACGAGACAUUGGUGACAACUUUAAGCUCACUGAAGGCACCAGGGUUUGCUCUGCACAUUUUGCAGAGGAAGAUUUUCUGCCCCCUGACCGGGCUGGUCGACGGAAUUUGAAAAAAGAUUCUGUCCCGUCUGUCUUCAAUUGGUCAGCUAGAACGACCCAAAGAAGAAAGAUUGUAAGACAUGUUGAAAGUGAGACACAAACAGACGAGAGUGAUGUAGAGCCUGAGCCACCUAAAGCACCAUCCCAACUAGAGCUAGAUUAUCAGGCUGCAAGGAGUGAGAUUCAGAGCCUAAUGGAGCAGCUGAAAAUAACUCAGUUAGAAGUGCAAAAAAAGGAGGCCGAGAUGAGAGUACUCAAGGAGGCUGCUGCUGCCACAAAGGAGUCAUCAGAGGCAAAAAUUCAAGAAUUAGAGGCAAAUCUUAAGAUUAGUCGAUUUGGCCUGGAAAGGUUCUCUAAAGAUAAUGCUCUUGUGAGAUUUUACACAGGUUUUCCAACUUAUGAUCACUUUAAGCUAUUUUUUGAACUUGUUAAACCAACUGCAGAAACAAUGGUUUAUGUGUAUGCUUCAGGAAUAGGUGCAAACAGGCCAGGAGUACGCAAGAUGCAACUGAUAGAUGAGCUUUUUUUAUUUUGUGUUCGAUUGAAGCUUGGUUUAUUUGAACUGGACUUUGCCCAGCGUUUUAGUUUGCAUGUUUCUAGUGUGAGUAGAAAAAUAACAACUUGGGCCAAUUUUUUGUACUUCUUUCUUGGCAAUCAGCCAAUAUGGCCAACUAGAGAGUGCAUUAAUGAACUUAUGCCAGAUAGCUUCAAAGAGCUGUAUCCAUCGACACGUGUCAUCAUUGACUGCACUGAAAUUUAUGUCCAAACCCCUUCUUCAUUGCUAUUACAGUCUCAGUUGUAUUCAUCGUACAAGUCUAGCACUACUUUAAAAGGUUUAAUUGGGAUUGCUCCUCAUGGGGCUAUCACAUUUGUUUCUAGCCUGUACACUGGUUCGAUAUCAGACAAAGAAAUAACUCGUUGUUCUGGCAUUUUGGAUCUUCUGGAGGCACAUGACAGUGUCAUGGCAGAUAAGGGAUUUGAUAUUGAAGAUCUUUUAAGCAGUAAACAAGUUUCUUUGAAUUUGCCACCCUUUCUUCAGAAUCAAACUCAAUUUUCAGCCCAGGAUGUUUUGGAAACAAAAACUAUUGCAAAAGUAAGAAUCCAUGUGGAACGUGCAAUAAGAAGGAUAAAGGAAUUUCAUAUAUUUGACUCUGACAUCUCAUUGUCUAUACUGGGAUCUGUCAAUCAACUGUAUACAGUUGCCUGUUUGUUGACUAACUUUCAAGGUGCACUGAUCAAAGACACAGAUGACAGUGAUACCACUAACAACUAAAUGUUCAGUAUAUAAUAAAUUCAAUCAUAGCCAGGAAUCAUUAAAUAAAGAAUUUGUACAUA